CUCUCGGGAAACCGUAUGAUACGAACCUGUCUUCAGAUAAUUAUCUAGACAGUUGCAUAUCGAUCAUAAAUGGUUCAGCCGACAACUCAGGUCUCAAACACGCCAUGUCCGCUACUUGUAACCGAUUCUAUUCGUUUGUUUCUCAAAGCAAGGAGAUGGAGGUUGCUUCAGAGACGAACUUUGCAGCCGCUGUUUCACUGGCGCGAGCAGCGUUGGAUGAUCCGGAGGAGAGCAAGUCUGAUGCUACGCUAUUAACGGUUAUGUUGUUGUCAAUGUUUGAGAAUCUUAGUAGCGUCAAAGCUUAUAGGUCACCGCUGAAGACCCAUUUCAUUGGUCUUGCGCAGUUGCUUCAACACCGAGGACCGGACUUGCUGCAUAGUGGUAUUUCUCUAUUUUGUCUUCAUCAGUUCUACUAUAGACUUGCAGCAGUAGUCCUCGGCGGUGACUUGGAGGCAAUGAGAGAACUUCUUGAGAUUUCGAAAUCUAUCCGUCCACCCUGUGAUAUGCAUCCUACCAACACCCUAGCUUCAUUCACAACGGGACUCGCUUAUCUGCGCUUGCGACUAGAAGCUAUCAAUCUCUGCUCCGGGUUUGACGUGCAGAAAAUCACACUGUUGAUGUCACUAGCCUUGCAACUUGAGGGGGACCUCUCACGAUGGGUAAACGACGUCCCCGCGAGCUGUCAACCCAGAAAGAAGGUUCUAGACAUCUUUCUAUACUAUCCGGACUGGGAGGACAAGUACCCCUCGCUGGCUGUAGCGCAGGAUUGGAACCAUUACCGGUACAUGAGGAUUAUGACCAAUAUCGUUAUAUCACGAUGCGCGGCGCUGUUGCGUCUGUAUUCGAAAGUCGCUGCGGCAGAUCAGGCUUGUGAGCAGAUGGUGGAUGAAGUCCUUGCGUCGGUGAACUUUUAUAUUGGCCCGCUGAAGAAGUACGAGAAUGAUGAGGAUGAGGAUGAUGACGAUGAUUAUCAUCCCCAUAGAAUGAGUCAAGAUCGAGUCGUUGAUAAAAAGUAUGCCCUUGGUGCACUAGGUGCCAUGCUAUUGUUGCCCAAAUUGCGGUGGAUUCUGCAGGCGGAACCAUCGUUAAGGCCGAAACAAAGGGCAUGUUUAGAGUCGCGGGUUAAGACGAUGUUAAAAUUCUACCGAGCUCACGGGGUAGAAAAUGUUGAUAUGCAGGACCAAUAGAUCUUCCCUCCUAUUGUGCCGCUCGCUGGUUAUGUAUAGUGGGUAUCAUAACAUGCAUCUAAACCUAUAUGACACAUAUCUAAUUAUAAAUCACUCAUCAAACCGACUA